CAGAAGAUAUGUUUAAUCGAGGGUUUACAUUGCAUUUCGUACUCCAUACACGAAUAAAAAUUGGCGGGCAAGAGACCGCAAGCUUUCUAGCUUUCUGCUAAACUGCUGGAGUUAUUAUGGAUCGGAUCCAUUCAAACCUGAGCAGACCGCCUCCAAAGCUUCGUUACUUCUCAAGUCAUGAAAGAUCAGCAACGGAUCGAAAGGCAAAACAUGUGCGCAACAUUGAGGAGUGCUUUGAUGAACUGGAUUCCUCACCAAAUCCAGGGAGCGAGCUGUCUGUACUUUCUCCGUUGCCCAAGACAUGGAUGCUUUCAGGAGAAGCAGAGAUGGUGAAUACACCAAACCCAGUGCAGUCAAAGCCAGAAAAAAACAAUUCAAGUCCAGAUCAGCAGGAACUGACAGUAAAUCUGAUACCAGAAAUGGGUACUUCAGAGAGUCCACUGCAAAUUGAAGAAACUCCAUCUGAAGAACCUGUCUCAAGGAAGACAUCAUGCCCAGCUGGACUGGUGGCAGAUGACUACGUUCUGCCUGGGGAAGAGAAUCACAGGGCUUCUCCUCUUCUCUUUGAGAUUGAAGCUGCAGUUCAGCAAGAAGAUGUCGGCAAGUCGCCCCAAUCCAACCAGAAAUUGCAACUGACCAGAAAGGACAUAGAGGAGUCCAGUGAAGAUGAGUUUGACUCUCCACCUAGGAAGUUUGAUUUGGGGAAGGGUCUGGGUGACCUAAACUGUAAAAUGCAGGACCAAAGAAAAGCACCAUGUUCGCUUUCAAGUGACGAGGAGUUUCUGUCCUUGAAAAAUAAGAAGGUUGAUGUGGCUCCAGAUGUGCUAUCAGAGAAAAGACAAGCUUCGGAGGAGAUGAGAGAAACUGCACCAAGGGUUGAUGAAGGCAAGCCAUCAGCUGCAGCACCGAAGCUCAAGGUUCACCCACAACUUGAAGGAAAAGACCACAGGCAUACUGUAGUGCCGGGGGUCAAGUCAUUACAAGAAAGAAGAGAAUCUUCAGCUUUUCUCCUAAAACUCAAAGAUGGUGGUCAAUCAAAGACAGCUUUCAGGAAAGAGAAAGCACCUUCACCUGUUCAAGUAUCUCCACACCUUGAAAUAGAUGAGGAGUUUCUGAUCUUAGAAGGUGAAGAUUUGAGGAGCCCCCCUUGGUUUUCUAUUCCAAGGAGGACAGGCGUUAAGCAAAGCAAGCUUCCAGAGCAAGAUCGCAGAGAAUUGGUUCCGAGUAAUAACGAGGCAGGUACAGCAGAGAGUGCCGCGAAUGACAACACGUCUCCAAAUGCAAGGGGCAAACAGCACAGUAAUAAGGACACCGGCCUCAAGAAAACAAAAGAGCUCAACACUGCUGACAAGACAAAAAAAGGAAAAAGAGUGAAGGACAGUGAAAAAAGGCUUUUGAACGUUCUUGCCGCUGUGCAGUCAGAGGCCAAGCAGAACUGCUUGGAUAGACGGGAAAAGGUGGCAAAGCCUAGAGAGAGACAGACUGCAUACACAGUGGAUGGAGAUGGAGACACUCCUCUUCCGUUGCCUUCGGCUUGUGUAGAGUCCAGCAAUGGAGUUCAAGGAGCUGAUAAGAAAUAUAAGACAUCAAAAGUGGAAAAAAUCAGUAGACACUCAAAGAAAACAGGGAAUAAUGCUGCAAAUCAUAAGAGAAUUGAGGAGAACACAUCCCAUAAUAUACAUGGAAAUGAUUCACCCCUGGAAGUACAUGAAGUGGGUAAAAGGAAGAGAAAAGUGCCUGGAUCUUGGUGGCUGCUUAACCAAGAGGAAGAGAUGGACGUAUUUAACAACAAUGUAGCGCACAAGUCAACAGGGAAAAGAACAAAGAAACCAAGCAAAUCUCAGGGCUCACCUGGAACAAUCCCAGCGACUAUUGUUAGACAGGAGGUCACUGAGGAGGCUGACGGGAGACGGCGAAAACUGGCAUCCAGUCAGAGUGCAGGGAAAAAGAUUCAGGUCUCAAAGAAAAAGUCCAAGGCGGGAAGGACAAGGCACCCUCAGAAGAUUAAAGGAACUGAGUCUGAAGCCCCAGACCUGCCAGAGGUAUUAGAGGAGGAAAGGGUGGAUGAAGGUGGCGAGAGCCAUCGAUACAGCAAUCCUUCCCCUUGUUACCCAGAAGAACGCCAUGCCCCUACACCAGAUAAGAAUCAAAAGCAGAAAAAAGAGAAAAAAAUGAACCAAUAUCAACAGAAAAGGUCUAAAAAUCCUGCAAAUCAUGAGAGAAUUGAGGAGAACACAUCCCAUAAUAUACAUGGAAAUGAUUCCCCCCUGGAAGGACAUGAAGUGGGUAAAAGGAAGAGAAAAGUGCCUGGAUCUUGGUGGCUGCUUAACCAAGAGGAAGAGAUGGACGUAUUUAACAACAAUGUAGCGCACAAGUCAACAGGGAAAAGAACAAAGAAACCAAGCAAAUCUCAGGGCUCACCUGGAACAAUCCCAGCGACUAUUGUUAGACAGGAGGUCACUGAGGAGGCUGACGGGAGACGGCGAAAACUGGCAUCCAGUCAGAGUGCAGGGAAAAAGAGUCAGGUCUCAAAGAAAAAGUCCAAGGCGGGAAGGACAAGGCACCCUCAGAAGAUUAAAGGAACUGAGUCUGAAGCCCCAGACCUGCCAGAGGUAUUAGAGGAGGAAAGGGUGGAUGAAGGUGGCGAGAGCCAUCGAUACAGCAAUCCUUCCCCUUGUUACCCAGAAGAACGCCAUGCCCCUACACCAGGGAGGGAGAGUGAAAGGAGUUUUGAUCAUUUUUAUACCCCACAAAACCAGCGUGGAAGACAUGACAACAAGCGUAAACUGUCCGCUCUCCAAAGGCCUCAGAAUUACGCUAAGAGUCCCUUACCUGAUAACCAGUUGGCCGUGUUUGUUGACAGCACUCCUUUGUUGAACCGUCGACACAAAACCUCGAUGAGAAGCACACCAAGUCUCUUAAAACCACAGGAGGAGCUCGUAUCAUCCCUCAGAGCCUCUAGAAAACGUGCAGAUAUGCUGAGUUCAGUAAAGCCUAGGAAGAAAUUCCUCCAAAGCUGUAUGAAAAGAAAAGUGCCUGAACCCAGGAACAUCAAAGCAUCUUUGACCGCCUUUGGUGACAUUUUCACCCCAGUCAGUACCAGGACCACCAGACCUGCCAGACGGAGUGAGUCCAGGCAACCAGUUGGCUUUCCCAGAAAAGCACCACCAUCCCGAGGGGACCGAUACGUCUCGCCCAGUGUUAUUAGUCCUAUUAUUGACGACUACCAGCAUGACGGGGAAUAUCCAACUGGUGAUCCGAACGCCAAGUCUGUGUCCGAAGAUUUCGUGGCAGAUCCUUGCUCAAAUUUCUGCAGUGCAGAGGCCCACCGGAGCGCAAGACUUGGAGAAGGCAGCAUGAACCGAGGAAUGAUGCACCAGUUUAAUGAGCUGCAGUCUGAAGUUGAUGUUUUUGAAGGUUUUGACAGUGGACCAUCCUCAAUGAUUGAAGUUGGUGACUUGGACGAGCAUAAUUUGCCAUCAUGUCAAAAUGCUCCUCGUGUCCUUUUGGAAAGCCAAAUGUGUUUUCUCCCGCUAAGACCUACAGUCCUGUUGGCAGAAGACAGAGAGAGUCUCAUUGAAUGGUUCAAAAAUGUCUGGCCCGCUCCAGCACAGACUGGCGCUCAGAUCAUUACCCCAGAGGACUUCCAGUGGUAUGCAUAUCGCGGAAGAGCCAUGGGAUACAUGACAGAUCUGCUGUGUGAAACUUUUUCUAAUGGAAAGAUUCUGCUGGGGUCUUACAUGAAGAAGCCGUUGCAGGUGGAUAACAAUGCAGUGUCUGUUUACAACAUACUGACAAGCUUGGUACGUGUAUCCAUCAAUGGUGUGGUGAGAGAUCUUUCCCCUGGAGAAACCUUUGUGGUUCCAUGCGGGCAUGAAUAUGGGAUGUGUAAUCUCACUCCAGAACCUGCCGUGCUGUUAUACCACCGGAUGGUGUCCGGAAGAUGUGACAUAAUUAAAAACUCAUAA